CGAGCGGACGUGUCGCUAGGCGGUGGGCGCGGCUCCCUCCAACGGCCGACACCUGCGCGGGGGCGGGCGGGGCGGGACCACGCGUGGCUCCGCCCUGCUGUACCUACAGGCGGCUACCCCGCCCCGCGCCGCUCGCCGCUACCAAUAGGCACCCGUCUCCCGCCUCCUCCCUACGCUGUUUGCGCAGGCAGCGCUGUUUCCGCAGCAGUUAGAAGUGCUGGGUGGCUCUGGUACUCAGGAGUGCGAUGUAACCCGCCAGAGAAAAUGGCGGCGGCAGGGAAUCGCACCUCGUCGUUGGGAUUAUCUUCGGGCAGCGGCGAGGAGGCGGCCGCUGCUGCUGCCUGCGGGAGCUUGAAGGGCGGCGUGGUCGCGGGGAGUGUCGCCGGGAGCAGCGGAGGGCUCCUGCGGGAGGCGGGCGGCAGCGGCUGCCGGGAGCAGCGCUCUGACUGGAGGCGGAAGCAACUGCGCAAAGUGCGGAGUGUGGAGCUGGACCGGCUGCCCGAGGCUCCCCUCUUCCUCGCCGCCGCCCCGGCCGCCGACUGCUCCUCCUCCUCGCCAGAGCCCCCCGAGACUCUCCUGCUUCACUACCUGCCCAGGCCGCCCCGCUCCAGCCCCGCUAGCCCGGCUGCCUCCCCUAGCCGUUGCGCUGAGAUCCUGGAGCCGCUGCCGGCGGGGAUCCCAGCGGGGACCGACACUGUCGCGGAGCGGAGGAUGGAGCCGUCCCCCCCGUCGAGUCGUGACAUGGAGAAUAAGGAAACCCUCAGGGGACUGCAGAAGAUGGAUGACCGCCCAGAAGAGCGCAUGAUCAGGGAGAAACUGAAGGCAACAUGUAUGCCAGCCUGGAAGCAUGAAUGGCUGGAAAGAAGAAGCAGGAGAGGCCCUGUAGUGGUGAAACCUAUCCUUGGGAAAGGAGAUGGAUUGGAAAGUAACAAACUCUCUCUAGAACCUCAGGUUGAAGGACAAAGCACUGCUGCUUCACCUACACAGAAAGGAAGACGUAGUCCUUCUCCUAGUAGCUCUUCUUCGUCAUCUAGAACAGCUAAAUCUGAAUCACCAGGUGUUAGAAGAAAAAGGGUAUCUCCAGUGCCUUUUCAGAGUGGACGGAUAACACCACCUCGAAGAGCCCCAUCUCCAGAUGGUUUCUCCCCUUACAGUCCAGAGGAAACAAAUCGUCGUGUCAACAAAGUUAUGCGAGCCCGGCUGUACUUACUGCAGCAGAUAGGACCUAACUCUUUCCUAAUUGGGGGAGACAGCCCUGACAAUAAAUACAGAGUGUUUAUUGGGCCUCAGACUUGUAGCUGUGGACGUGGGACAUUUUGUAUUCAUCUGCUGUUUGUUAUGCUGCGGGUGUUCCAGCUUGAACCCUCAGACCCCAUGCUCUGGAGAAAGACACUGAAGAACUUUGAGGUUGAGAGUUUGUUCCAGAAAUAUCACAGUAGGCGUAGCUCGAGGAUCAAAGCUCCAUCUCGUAACACCAUCCAGAAGUUUGUCUCACGCAUGUCAAAUUCCCAUACAUUGUCAUCAUCUAGUACUUCUACAUCUAGUUCAGAAAACAGUAUGAAGGAUGAAGAAGAACAGAUGUGCCCCAUUUGUUUGUUAGGCAUGUUGGAUGAAGAGAGCCUAACUGUGUGUGAAGAUGGCUGCAGGAACAAAUUACACCACCACUGCAUGUCAAUAUGGGCAGAAGAAUGCAGAAGAAACAGAGAGCCGCUUAUCUGUCCUCUUUGCAGAUCUAAAUGGAGAUCUCAUGAUUUCUAUAGUCAUGAAUUGCCAAGCUCAGUGGAUUCUUCUGUUCUCCAUGUGGUUCAGCAACAAACUCAGCAGCAGUCUACAAGUGGAUCACAGAGAAGAGCUCAAGAUAGCAAUUUUAACCUCCCUCAUUAUGGGGUCCAGCAGAUACCUUCUGCCUAUAAAGAUUUAGCUGAGCCUUGGAUUCAGGUAUUUGGAAUGGAGUUAGUUGGCUGCUUGUUUUCUCGAAACUGGAAUAUACGAGAGAUGGCACUUAGACGUCUUUCCCACGAUGUUAGUGGUGCUCUGUUACUGGCUAAUGGUGAAAGUACUGGAAAUUCUGGAAGUAGCAGUGGAAACAACACAAAUGCUGGAGCUCUGGGAGCAGCUAGUGGGUCAUCUCAGACCAAUGUCUCAGGAGAUGUGGUGGUGGAGUCCUGCUGCAGUGUGCUGUCCAUGGUCUGUGCUGACCCGGUCUACAAAGUGUAUGUUGCUGCUUUAAAAACUUUAAGAGCCAUGCUGGUAUAUACACCUUGCCAUACUUCGGCAGAGAGGACUAAACUACAGCGACUUCUCAAGCCAGUUGUAGAGACAAUAUUAGUUAAAUGUGCAGAUGCUAACAGUCGAACAAGUCAACUUUCAGUCUCAACGCUAUUGGAGAUGUGUAAAGGACAAGCAGGCGAGCUGGCAGUUGGGAGAGAAAUACUUAAAUCUGGGUCUAUUGGAAUUGGUGGUGUUGACUAUGUCUUAAAUUGUAUUCUUGGAACCCAAACCGAAUCCAGCAACUGGCAAGCACUACUGGGGAGACUUUGUCUAAUAGAGAGACUUCUAUUGGAAUUUCCCGGUGAAUUUUAUCCCCACAUUGUCUGUGGAGAUAUUUUGCAGGCUGAUACCAUAGUAGACAGGUAUAAGAAACUUCUUUCCCUCUUAACAUUCACCUUGCAGUCAAUUGACAAUUCCCACUCAAUGGUUGGUAAACUAUCACGGAGAGUGUUUUUGAGUGCAGCAAGAAUGGUGGCAAGAGUGCCCCACAUUUUUGUAAAGCUGCUGGAAAUGCUGAGUGUGACAAGCUCAACUCAUUACGCAAGGAUGCGUCGCCGUCUGAUGGCAAUAGCAGAUGAAAUGGAAAUUGCGGAAGCCAUCCAGCUAGGCAUGGAAGAAAUGCAGUCUGGGGAAUGUCGACAUGAAGACUUUUUGCAGCUGCCUGUACCAGAUAACUCUCCAGAAGCUACAGAAAGUAAUACUCCUAACAAUACUAUCCAGUUAUCAGGGAAAAGUGCAAAAAGUUCAAGUGAUAAAAAACUGAGUGCCAGUCCAGAGGACAUUUCUGAGAUGCUGGCUGGCCUUGCUGUGGGACUUCCUGUUUCAUCAGUAGCCACUGAGCAACCAAAGCCAUCCAUUCAAACAAAAGGAAAACCCCACAGUCAGUGUUUGAACUCAUCUCCCUCAACCAGUAAUUCCCAGUUACUAUUCCCAACACUUUUGUCUCCUUCAAGUCCAUCUGUACCAGCUGGCACUGUAACAGAUGUCUCUAAACUCAGAACUCAGGGAUUUGUUCCCUGCAAAAACCCCUCACCUUCUCCUCAGACAAAGCGGAAGCUUUCUCUCCAGUUUCAGAGAAACUGUUCUGAUAAUAAAGAACCAGAGAAACUUUCUCCAGUUUUCACCCAAGCCAGGCCACUGCAAUCCAGUCACAUACACAGGCCAAAGCCAUCACGACUCACCCCAAGUGAUAUGAGCAAGCAGGGAGAAACCUUAAAACACAGUAUGACACUUGACCUGAACGAUGCUUCGCAGUGUGAUGGCAAUAGUGGUAGUACUAGCAGUGCAGUUAUACCAAGUGAGGAGACAGUGUUCACACCAGUGGAUGAAAAGUGUCGACUGGAUGUUAAUGCGGAGCUCAAUUCCAGUAUUGAGGACCUGCUGGAGGCAUCUAUGCCAACAAGUGAUGGCACAGUUACAUUCAAGUCUGAAGUUGCAGUUCUUUCUCCUGAGCGGGCAGAAAAUGAUGAUACUUACAAAGAUGAUGUUAAUCAUAAUCAAAAAUGCAAGGAAAAGAUGGAGGCUGAAGAGGAAGAAGCUUUAGCUAUUGCUAUGGCAAUGUCAGCGUCUCAAGAUGCCCUGCCAAUAAUUCCCCAGCUGCAGGUUGAAAAUGGCCAAGAUAUCAUAAUCAUUCAGCAGGAUACACCAGAAACCCUGCCUGGACAUACCAAAGCAAAACACCAUUACAGAGAAGAUGCAGAAUGGUUGAAAGGUCAGCAAAUUGGCCUUGGAGCUUUCUCUUCUUGUUACCAAGCUCAGGAUGUGGGAACGGGGACAUUAAUGGCUGUAAAACAGGUGACAUAUGUCAGGAACACGUCAUCAGAGCAAGAAGAGGUAGUUGAAGCACUGAGAGAAGAAAUAAGGAUGAUGAGUCAUCUGAACCAUCCUAACAUUAUUCGAAUGUUAGGUGCUACAUGUGAGAAGAGCAACUAUAAUCUCUUUAUUGAAUGGAUGGCAGGUGGUUCAGUUGCUCAUCUGUUAAGUAAAUAUGGAGCCUUUAAAGAAUCGGUUAUUGUUAAUUACACAGAACAACUGUUACGUGGCCUUUCUUACCUCCACGAGAAUCAGAUAAUCCAUAGAGAUGUUAAAGGUGCCAAUUUGCUAAUUGACAGCACAGGUCAUAGAUUAAGAAUUGCUGAUUUUGGAGCUGCAGCCAGGUUGGCAUCAAAAGGAACGGGUGCUGGGGAGUUUCAGGGACAGUUGUUGGGAACUAUUGCAUUUAUGGCACCAGAGGUUCUGAGAGGUCAGCAGUAUGGUAGGAGCUGUGAUGUGUGGAGCGUUGGCUGUGUCGUUAUAGAAAUGGCUUGUGCUAAACCUCCCUGGAAUGCAGAGAAACACUCCAAUCAUCUUGCUCUCAUAUUUAAGAUUGCUAGUGCAACUACUGCUCCAUCAAUUCCUACACAUCUCUCUCCUGGUUUGAAAGAUGUGACUCUUCGGUGUCUGGAACUUCAACCUCAGGACAGACCACCAUCAAGGGAGCUGCUGAAACACCCAGUCUUUCGUACCACAUGGUAGCUACUAUGUAUAAAGCUAGAGCACUGAAGAAGAUGCUACUGAAUAUACAAUAACUGUUCUGCAGUGCAGUUAAGCACAGCAAAUCAUAUUAUUCUGCUGGCCUUAAUGAUAGAUACAUCAAGGACUUAAAGCCAGUGGAGAACCCUACCUAAGUGUGUGAUUGACAAAUCAAGAUCUUUACCUAAGCUCAUUAUGCAACAUUUCACGACUUGUGCAGAGAUUUGUAAACUGUGCCUUUCAAACAUCUGGCUCUGUGUGCACACAAAAGCAUUUUUCCUUAACUCUGCAUGAUUACUUAGCAGAC